AUGGCCGGUAUAAUUGACAUCAUCGGGGUUGUCUCCAGCAUUUUGGGCAUAAUCCAGUUCACCCAGGAGGCCUUUCCCGAAACGAAAAAGCCUGGUUCAAGCGUGCGCAUCGCAGUCGGGCUCGACGAGAACGGCGGCCUGAGAAACGCAGGCGGCAGCGUGCCAAAUGUCAUCCUCUUCAACGAGGAUGGCGAGUACCUCGGCCAGUCGAAAAAGAAUGGGGAUGUGAAGGACGGCAGCUUUUCAGACGUCACCGUGACGCAGAGCAGCCGGCAGCAGGCGACGUAUGGCCUGUUCCAGGCCGGCCACGAGGCCAUCUGCGUCGCCUACACCUCCAUCACCUGGCCCGACGGUAGUCAGUACGCCGUGACCGGAGACUGGGGCGAGGCCUGUGGCGGAAGCUGGUACUACAGCAAUGUCUACAUCCAUGGCUCCGGUUACAAGCCAAAGUGCAUGUGGAUCGGCUCGGACGGUAAGAGGCCGCAGACCGGGUUCCAGGUGCACUAUCCAGAGUUCCGCAGUGCCAACAGCAGCGUUCCCGCCGGCAAGGACGUUAAGAAGAUGUGCGACAGCAAGGCCCCCUUUCAGUUCUUCACCACUCCCUCGCCCAAGUCCAUCGACUACUGGAUCUUAGACGGUAAGACGACGGCUAAGUCCACGCUUCUUUUCAAACACGACCUCAACAACGACGCUUCGCAGAAAAGCCGUCGUGCUGCCUCCACCAGCUCCUCUGCUAUGGUCAUCACCAACACCACUCACCACUCGGUCCAGGAGCUGUGCGGUAGCGAGACGUCGAGCGGGCCCGAUCUGCUCAACCUCAGCGAGAAGUCCUUCUGCCGCAUGAGCGACAAGAAGAUCUUCCCGCAGUGCGACGACACCGUCAACGACAACUGCUUCAACGCCGACAGCAGGCAGCUCAUCGUCGGCGGCAAGGCGGCGCGGUCACCCUACGCACUGGUCUGGGACUGGCAGACCCCAGGCAAGACCUUUACCUCCAAGGUUGCCACUUCUGCCAAGAUCGCCGCGCGCGAGCCCUACGCGGCGCCCCAGGAGUACAACAACAUUGUCGACUGGAGUAUUGCCAGCACUGAGUCCGAGCCUGUCGAGUCCACUUGA